CCAAUUUCGGAUCUUGUCCUCUUGUCAUAAAAUCAUUUCAGAUCUGAUUUUUAUUUGGUCCAACGCCAAUAUUGAAAAUUCAUUUAUAUACAAAAAAAAAAAAAUAGUUAUUAUUUUCAACCAAUGGGCCUUUCACAAUAACAUACAUAGGGCCAGCUUUAAAGUGUUUAAUUUUACAUGCCACAUAAAUUGGUUAAUAAUAAUACAUUUUCUUCACGUUUCUCGCUUUUUAAGUCCCUUUGAAGUGGGAAUGAUACUCGCGUGACUACCAAACUUCAUUGAUCCUCUCUCUUUCUCUCUCUCUCUCUCUGUGAUCAGUUUAAUCUCUACUGAAGAAAGAACGAAAGAAAGAAAGAUCCGUAUUAUUAGGCUUUGAAGCUGUCUCCUCAAAGUUUAAAGAUUGUUGUUUAAUCAAACAUGUUCAGAAGAAGGAAUGCUCACCAACUCGAGGAUGAUUCUCACAAAGAGAACAAGGUUAGAGAAUUGAAAUCCGCAAUAGGACCACUAUCGGGACAUAGUUUAGUUUUCUGCUCUGAUGCUUCAUUGAGGAGAUAUUUGGAUGCUCGUAAUUGGAAUGUGGAAAAAGCUAAGAAAAUGAUUGAAGAGACUCUUAAAUGGAGAUCAACCUAUAAACCUCAAGAGAUCCGUUGGAAUCAAGUAGCACAUGAAGGUGAGACUGGAAAAAUUUCAAGAGCUAGUUUUCAUGAUCGACAAGGUAGAGUCGUGCUUAUAAUGAGACCCGCAUUGCAGAACUCAACAUCAUCAGAAGGUAAUAUCAAGCAUUUGGUCUAUCUUCUUGAAAAUGCAAUCCUAAAUCUUCCCAAGGGACAAGAACAAAUGUCUUGGCUCAUCGAUUUCACUGGUUGGUCUAUGGCUGCUAAUGUUCCUAUGAAAACAACACGCGAAAUCAUCCACAUUCUACAGAAUCAUUACCCUGAGAGACUCGGUAUCGCCUUUCUCUACAAUCCACCAAGAAUCUUCCAAGCAGUCUACAAGGCUGCUAAGUACUUCUUGGACCCAUGUACAGCUGAAAAGGUGAAAUUUGUGUACCCAAAAGACAAAGCAAGUGAUGAACUGAUGACAUCACACUUUGAUAUUGAGAAUCUCCCCAAGGAAUUUGGAGGAGAAGCAACACUAGAGUAUGAUCAUGAGGAUUUCUCAAGACUAAUGUGUGAAGACGAUCUCAAAACCGCAAAAUACUGGGGAUUGGAGGAGAAGCACUAUCCGAAACCAAACGGUUUCUCUGCAUCCGAUGUUGUUCCUGAGCCGGCAACUCCUAUUGCAUCAGCCGCUAGCUGAGAGUUGAAUAUAUAAUAUACACAGAGAAACAAGAAGAGAAGAAGAAUAAAGGUUUAUUCUCAUUGAUAGAAGAAGGAGCCAUUAGAAUGUGCUGGUAAACUUGGAAAUUAAUAAUUUCAAGUCUUUGCCUCUUUUUCUUAUUAGUGAGCCAAAGACUUUUGAAUGUUUUAAUUAGAAGAGCUUAUGUAUGUGUGAGAGAACAUUGUUACCAUGUGUAAUACUACUAGUUUUGUGUUCAUUAAUUGAAAUAUGAGAUUAUCUCUUUUU